UAUUUUACCACCCUCUGAUUCUAAUAUUGAUAGUAAAAAAGAAACUGAGUUAAUAAGAACUACAUCAACAUCUAAAACUAAGAGUAAAAAAGUUUCUAAUUUACAACAAAAUAAAAGUCAAGCUCGUAAUAGCCGUGAUC